AACGCUCCCCUUCCGUUAGAACUUCUGGUGGCACUGAAAGCUGUGGAGGCCCGGCGCCUCGGUAUCGACAAAGACAAAUACUUUAUAAAGAGCAGCAACCAAACACGCCGCAGUUUCAGAGGGCUCUGGAUCGAGGAAAAACCUCCAACCGUGUGGUUGAUCUAACUCCUCUAUCCACUCCCACUCUAACUCACCUACGUUCGCCCACCGCCGCGGCUCAACUACGCCAUUAAGGUACCAUCAAUAAGACCCACCCUUUUUCACUAUUCAUUCAACAAUCUAUUUCUUUGCUGCACUGUUUUGUAACGUUUUUGGUGAUUGGAAGAACCCAUAUUCGCAAAGAUCUGGAAAAGCACUUUUCGAAUUUAAGGAAGAGAAAUAGAAGGAUGAAAUUUGAGACUUUUGGGAAUCGAUUUUCGAAGUUGAGAAGAGAGGAUCUUUGGCAUCAAUGGCAGCAUCAGCAAAAACCCUCACUGUUGCAAACCGUAGUUUAAAUGGAGACUGGACAGUUGUUUUACCCCGUCGUGGCAGACACAAAAAACAUUUGCCAACAAUUAGAUCUCAGGAACAACAACAACCGUGGGUUCCAACUGAUGUUGAAACUGAUCCUAUCAGAACAUCUAAAUUAAUACAGAAGAUGCAGAUCUGCAUGAAGAAAAUUGAGAGCUCUUCAUUCUACCGUACUCUACUGGAUCAAAUUCAAACUCCAGAAAUCUUGCAUUGUUUACAUAGGGUCUUAGGCUCCGAGUCAAAGAUGCAAAUGGUGAUUUAUGGUAUAGGCAGCAUCGAAUCAUAUGAACCCCCUCGAUUGCAGCUUAGCCUUGCAGUCUUGAUGAAGAGGAAGUUCAGUUGGAUUGGAGAUAUUGAGGUUUUUGAUCCUAUUCUUUCUGCAACUGAAUCUCGGGUAUUGGAAGCUCUAGGUUGUUCUGUUCUCUCAGUAAAUGAGCAAGGACAUCGACGUGCUAUAAAGCCAACAAUGUUUUUUAUGCCACAUUGUGAGGCAGAGUUGUAUGACAAUUUAUUGCAUGCAAAUUGGGGAGUGGAGUUGUUGAAUCGUGUAGUCUUGUUUGGAAAUAGCUUCAAGACAUAUGAGCAGCAUAUCUCAGAAUUUAAGAACUCGGCUAUUGUUGGUUCGGCAAAGCGAAUCUUGUCUAUUCGUCCAUUUACAAGGGAAUUCAGGAUUAAUACAGUUUCAGAUGAUUAUUUUGGUGCUUUCCAUGAUUCAAGUUGGCAUUUUUUUGGCCCUGUUCUUGAGACAGAGCUGCGGUCUAUCAAAUUUUGAUGAAAAAUAUCAAAUUGGUUUCAGUAAUUGGAUGAUGUUUGAAACAUAUUUUUUUGUCUUCCAAAUUUCUUUUGGAAGGAAUAUUAUUAUUGUCAUUUGCAUGUAUAGAGUAGGUUGUAUGUUUUGAAGGAUAUAUGGUUUAACAAGUCAAGUAGUAUAGUAUAUAUGAAGGAUAUAUGGUUUAUAGAAUCCGACUUUUAAUUA